AUGGGGGAGACUCUGGAGAGCAAGACAUUGACCAAUCUCACACCUGCAACUAGUCAGUACCCUCAGUGCUCGGAGCGGUGGAAGGAGAGCGGGACGAUGUCUAGCAAGGAAAAAGGGAAGUUUGAAGAAAUGGCUAAAGGAGACAAAGCUCGUUAUGACAGGGAGAUGAAAAACUAUGUUCCUCCCAAAGGCGAGAAGAAGGGAAAGAAGAAGGACCCCAAUGCUCCUAAAAGACCACCAUCUGCGUUCUUCCUUUUCUGUUCUGAACAUCGUCCAAAAAUCAAAAAUGAUCACCCUGGCUUGUCUAUUGGAGAUACAGCAAAGAAAUUAGGAGAAAUGUGGUCUGAACAGUCAGCCAAAGAUAAACAGCCAUAUGAACAGAAGGCGGCAAAACUAAAGGAGAAAUACGAAAAGGAUAUUGCAGCAUACCGUGCCAAGAGCAAGAGUGACGCAGGAAAAAAGGGCCCAGGUAGGCCUGCAGGAUCUAAGAAGAAAGCAGAACCAGAAGAGGAGGAGGAGGAAGAGGAAGAUGAUGAAGAGGAGGAAGAAGAUGAGGAUGAGGAAUAAAUGAAUGUCCUGCUGUAAAGAUUUAUGCUCAAAAUCCAAUAUUUUGCUAAGAAUGUGAACUCAAGUGCAGCUCAUUGUUAGCUUCAGUAUAAAAAUCUGUACAGAAUUGUGUAUAGGUAAUGUGGUUCUUUGUAGGGAGACCUCUAUUUUUAAUGUAAGUAGUAGCCGAGGGCUGCUACCGUUCGGUUUAAAAAAAAGAAGAAAAAGUUGUGGAAUGUUUCUGCAUAUUUAAUGGUUUUGUUGAGAUUCAGUGACUGAUAGCCAGGUGUUUCUUUAUAGCUAAGUAAAACAAAGGAGGUAGCUUAAUAGCUGAUCUUAUAUUUUGUAGUAUAUUGCAUUGUAUUACUUUUUUAACAAUUUUGUAAUAAAAUGUUGUACAU